CUCGAAUUCGAAAUCCGAUCGGGGGGUAACCAGAAGCAGACGAAAUUCCGCCAUACAGUGGUAGCAGCAGCAUGAACGUCGCCGGUGACAUCGCACAACUGUCCUACAAGGAACUGCAGGCUCUAGCCUUGAGGUACCGCGUGCCGGGCAAUAUCAAGAAGAAAGUUCUAGUUAAGGUGUUGCAAGCUGCUAGAAGCGGAAAUGAAGCCGAAUUCAGUCGACUGCUGCAAGAGCUGAGAAAGAAUCGAAAAAGAAAGACGAGGAAACCGAAGGAUUCGAAGCUCGGGAUAACGUCCACGCCGUUGCACAGUCCAGAAUAUGUAAUGGCUGACGAUGAUUAUUAUUGUCAGCAACAGCAACAACAGCCACAACAGCAGCCAUAUCAGUGGUAUUUCCCAUUGUUGCAGGUCGGCGCUGAAGAGGAGAUUAUGAGCAGAGACGACGAUAAUAAGAUCCCACACUACGAUGAGUUCAAGCAGUUUUUACUCAAGAGGAUCCAACGAGAGUUCCAGACAUGCGACACCAACAACAACCAAGAUCUAAACAUCAUGGAUCUUCGAACGGCGACUGGCAUAUCGCCGAACAUGCAAGCGAUAUCCCUCGACAUGCCGAGUUACUCCAAGGCGAGUUUGAUUAACAAUGCGGAUCCACUCGCGAUGUCUAAUAUGGAUCGACCGAACUAUCAAGUGCUGAAAGAGCCCGAAGGCAACUCGCAAGGUCCGUUCUUGCUGAAGAGAAUGUUACAAGCGCCGGUGGGCGCUAACUUGGGCGAGAUUGCCAGUUCGCUGUUCUGGGCAAGCAACUUAUUGGACAAUUCUGAUACUUUGACUGCUGAGUCUGAGAGUAACGAGAAUGAGGAUCAGCUGGAGGCUACCGCCAACGCCAAUGAGUACUAUAGCUUAUUGAAAAACGCCAAAGGAGAGUUUCUACUGAACGAAGCGAACCUACGAAACGUGGACGCACUGAUGCCUCAGGUCUCCGGAGUCCUCACCAAUGAGGAUCAAUACAGGUAUUCCAACGACUUGGACAAUCGUCAAAAUUAUCAAAAUUGGACCGUCACCAGUGUGAUGGAGGUGCCCGAGAGCGAUCUGCAGUCGUCCAAAAUGUUUCACACGAUUUACUACAACAACACAGACUCCACGCACGGCGCGGACAACAAUAUGCCGUAUCAAUACCAGGCUAAUACCGACGCCUGCAACGGGAAUCAGAACUUCCUCAACUUCGACACCCGCUAUCCGACCGGCUCUGACAUGAUGACUACCAACGAUACAGCCGACAUGUAUUACUUGCAAAACUCAGGCAAGAAUGGCGAGGACAUUGGCGCGGCAUAUUUCCGUGGUGUCGAACCUCUUGUGCAAAAUUGCACGCAACAGAGCGCCUACUCGAACGGUCAGCAGACGUUCUCAAAUGACAUACGCAGCAACUCCGAAGCCACCUAUCAGUAUCUAUAUCCCCGACUCACACAGGAGACGGAUCACACGUUGCACGAGCGACUGGAAAGUCAACAGGCUGAUAACAACGUCGUGGCAGGAAUGGAGUGUGGUAUCAACCAGGCGACCAGUGCAGCGAGUAUGCAAGGUUCGGUGAAUGGAACAGUGGAACCGUUUUGGCCAAAAUGGACCGCUCAAAUCAGCAACAAUUUAGAGAACAUCCUCAACUACAAUGUAUCGAAACAAGUAGACUACACCAAGCUGGGCCAGACGUCCUGCGUGUAUUGUUACGUGGCGCCGAUUGUCUCGCAGAGAUCCAGCCUAGCGAACAAUACCUGCUCGCAAACACGGAGAUAUAUUGCCGAGCAGAGACAGCACUCUUUCUCAGCUUAUUGGAUGCUCUACAACGAUACGUCGCAAGGUAUGCGAAUGACAAAUAUAUCCAACGAUUAUCAGCCCGAGCAGUCUGCGACGAGGACGACGACCAUGACGACGACACACGCCAGUAAUAUUCCCAGCAACGACGACCUAAGGGAGACCGACAUCGAGGCUCCGAUCAACGAUGUGUGGAUGAAUCAGUACGACGAGCCAACGGCAAUCGCCGAGGACAUCAACGUCCAAGUGUCGGAUUCGUUUUUCUGCAACGUCACUGCUGUACGGAUCGAUGACAUUCCUACGCCGGACAUCGCGAAAACUUAAAAGCACGCCGUCGAAUCGUGGUUCGAGGUAGAUACGAGCAACGUUGGUCCGAGCCACGGAAUGACAACGAAGAAGGUUUUGAUCCACCAGAAUAACCGCGAUUCUUCCGUCUGCAUACCGCGAAUCGUUAUUACGCCAGCUCAGAAGUGGGACAAUCGCGAAGCUUUUCUAUCUUUGAGCCGAUAUCUGAGCAAUUAUUUUGCGAGAUCGCCGGCGGCAUACGUUCUUCCGUUUCCAUGUCAACGACUGACACAUACGAUUACUACGCUGACUUGGAAUUCGAGCAAGCAAUAUCCAAGCCAGAAAUCAAUACCAAAGAGAAAUGGAAGCAGAAUAGUCGAUAUCAUCUCGCAGAUAGAUAGUCGAUUCUAUCUA